AUGGACCAGUCCCCCGGCCAUGCGACCUGGUGGUCCCCGGCCAGCCUGUGGGUGCCUAACACAUCACUCGUCGUCCGUUCCAUUUCGUGGGCUUGCCUAGGCUUGGGAAUCCUCUUCAUCGGACCGUUUGCCUUCCUCAUCCUGCUCGACAUUCUCCUCUGGCUAUGGCGCACUCUUGGAGGCAUUUUGCCUUUCACCGCCACGACGCCGCAGCCGCAGCCGCAGCCGCAGACUGUGCCUCCACCGCCGACGAGACGAACUGACGAUGACGAAGCGACUACGACAACAGCCGCGACAGCCUCUGGCGUAAAUGAAAGAGAUACUACUACGCAUAAACGGACGAGUGCAAAAUGA